ACUGGAAGAGCUAGAAAUACUACAGCAUCGGAGGGCUGUGUUCUACUUCAGAAGCUGAAGUGCGCGUGCGCUUGGGAGUGUUGUAUGAGGAGACCAGGAGGAAGUGGGAUUCGUCGCUGCUGAGCAACUCUGAGUUGGCAGGUGGCUCACAAACAGAAGGCCCUUCUAUGGAUGAAGAAGAGGAUUGCCCAGAAUUGGUUCCCAUAAAGGAGCAAGAGGUUAAGGACAGUGCAAGGAGAGAUGUUCAACCCACUGAGACUGCCAAGAUUCCUGUCACUAUUAUCACUGGAUACUUAGGUGCUGGAAAAACUACUCUUCUUAACUAUAUUCUAACGGAACAACACAACAAGAGAAUAGCUGUUAUCCUGAAUGAGUUUGGUGAAGGAAGUGCAUUGGAAAAGUCUUUGGCUGUAAGUCAAGGUGGAGAACUCUAUGAAGAAUGGCUGGAGCUCAGAAAUGGUUGCCUGUGCUGCUCAGUAAAGGACAAUGGCUUGAAGGCUAUUGAGAAUCUAAUGCAGAAGAAAGGAAAGUUUGACUAUAUUCUUUUAGAGACGACUGGGUUGGCAGAUCCAGGCGCUGUUGCCUCCAUGUUCUGGGUUGAUGCUGAAUUAGGAAGUGACAUUUAUCUGGAUGGUAUAAUCUCUGUUGUUGAUGCAAAGUAUGGACUAGAGCAUAUGAGAGAAGAAAAGCCCACUGGCCUUAUCAAUGAAGCUGCAAGGCAGAUUGCACUAGCAGAUCUUAUUAUAAUCAAUAAGACUGAUUUGGUUCCACAAGAAGCAGUGAUGAAAUUGAGAACGGUUGUCAGGUCAAUAAAUGGAAUUGUCAGAAUUAUAGAAACUCAAAGAUCAAGAGUUGACCUAUCUGACGUUUUAGACCUGCAUGCUUUUGACAGUGUCUCAGGAAAAAGCUUGCAACAGAAGCUGCAGAUUCAAGAGGCACCACAACCGCACUUAGAUAAGAGCAUUGUCACAUCUACAUUUGAAGUACAAGGAAGCACAACUGAAGAAGAUCUAAAUGAGUUUGUUCAAAACUUGCUGUGGGAGAAAACUAUGAAAGACAAGAGGGGUAAUCCCAUGGAAGUCAUAAGACUCAAGGGGCUGGUGUCUAUCAAAGAUAAACCUCAUCAAGUGAUAGUCCAAGGUGUUCAUGAGCUGUAUGAUCUAGAAGACACCACUGUAAGGUGGAAGGAGGAUGAACGAACAAAUAGAUUGGUUUUAAUAGGUAGGAACUUGGAUAAAGAUACCCUUCAGGAUGCCUUUAUAGCUACUAUGACAAAGAGAGAGGAAAAUGGUUGAUGUCACCUUCCAAAGAGUAGAUUUUCAAUGCUACGUAAUUUUAAAAUGAAGAAUCUUGGACUGUGCCAUGUUUUUCAUGGGUGGCACGUUGGAGUUCUCUACAGUUCAUCAUAUUUCCUUUUACUUAUUAAAAUAAAAAUAGUAAAUCUUUGGGGAUUUUUUAGUCACCAGGAUUUGUUUUAAGUAAUGUAAUGAUUAAUUUGCAAAUGGCGGGGAGGGAGGAACACUUCACUAUAAUUCCCUCUUGUUUUUCCAAGUCACCAGAAACUUGUGCUUCUUUGAAUUGAAUCUUUUGUGGAAAGGUUAGUAAUUAAAAAGAGAUCACUUCUACUAUUC